AAAAAACAACACACACACACACACACAACACCGAGCGCACGCGACGCAAUCAAUCGCCGAGUGGCGUUGUCGCCCGCACGGCGGCUGAGGCAGAGGCCGAACAAAAUGGAUCCUAACCGGAUCAUACAGGCGCUUAAAGGCACCAUCGACCCCAACCUCAGGAUCGCGGCAGAAACCGAGCUCAAUCAGUCUUACAAGAUCAUAAACUUUGCUCCCACGUUACUUCAAAUCAUUGUAUCUGAUCAGGUUGAAUUUCCAGUUAGACAAGCCGCGGCAAUCUACAUGAAGAAUAUGGUGACACAGUACUGGCCAGAUCGUGAAGCUCCUCCUGGGGAAGCUAUGUUGCCUUUCAACAUACAUGAAAAUGAUCGACAGAAAAUUCGUGACAACAUUGUGGAGGGGAUUAUUCAGUCGCCUGAUUUAAUCAGGACUCAGCUGGCUGUGUGUCUUCGUGCCAUAAUCAAAUACGACUUUCCUGGACGUUGGACGGCUGUGGUGGACAAAAUCGGCUUUUUCCUGCAAUCUCCAAAUAAUGGAAGCUGGCUUGGCAGCCUGAUGUGUCUGUACCAGCUGGUCAGGACCUAUGAGUUCAAGAAGGCAGAGGAGCGAGAUCCUCUGAUAGCAGCGAUGCAAAUAUUUUUACCACGGAUUCAGCAGAAAAUUAUUCAACUUUUGCCUGACUCAACCCAAUUUUCAGUGUUGAUCCAGAAACAGAUCCUUAAAAUCUUCUAUGCCCUUGUUCAGUAUGCACUACCACUGCAACUGGUAAAUAAACAAACCAUGACUCAAUGGAUGGAAAUAUUUAGGACAAUUAUUGACCGUGAUGUACCUCCUGAAACCUUGCAAGUGGAUGAAGAUGACCGGCCUGAACUGGUAUGGUGGAAAUGUAAGAAGUGGGCUUUGCACUUGGUUACAAGACUUUUUGAAAGGUAUGGAAGUCCUGGAAAUGUAACAAAAGAGUACACUGAGUUUUCAGAAUUCUUCUUUACAACAUAUGCUGUAGGCAUUCAGCAGGUUUUGCUGAAAUUGGUGGAUCAGCACCGUCAGAAACAAUAUGUUGCGCCUCGUGUGCUGCAACAAAUCCUUAACUAUCUGAACCAAGGUGUUAGUCACUCUCUCACAUGGAAACAAAUAAAGCCUCACAUUCAGAGCAUUUCUGAAGAAGUGGUCUUCCCUCUGAUGUGUUACAAAGAUGAAGAUGAGGAGCUCUGGCAGGAGGAUCCAUACGAGUACAUUCGGAUGAAAUUUGAUGUCUUUGAGGACCAUGUCUCUCCAACCACUGCAGCUCAGAAUUUCCUUUACACUGCAGCCAAGAAGAGAAAGGAGGUUUUGCCAAAAAUGAUGAGCUUUUGUUACCAGAUCUUGACAAACCCAAGUGGAGAUCCUCGCAAGAAGGAUGGAGCACUACAUGUAAUUGGAUCCCUUGCAGAUAUUCUGCUAAAAAAAAAUAUAUACAAGGGACAAAUGGAAUUGAUGCUUCAGAACUAUGUAUUUCCACUCUUUAACUCUGAUUUGGGCUAUCUCCGAGCGAGGGCAUGUUGGGUUCUUCAUUCAUUUUGCAAACUAAAGUUCACAAAUGACCUCAACUUAAGAAAUGCAGUUGAGUUGGUGAAGAAGAGUUUAAUUGAAGAUAAAGAGAUGCCAGUCAAAGUUGAAGCUGCCAUAGCUCUUCAGUCAUAUAUAAGUAAUCAAGAUCAUGCUAAACAGUAUAUAAAGCCAUCAGUUCGACCAGUGAUGCAGGAGCUGCUCCAUGUGGUCCGUGAAACUGAGAAUGAUGAUCUCACUAAUGUCAUUCAGAAGAUGAUAUGUGAAUACAGUGAGGAGAUGACUACAAUUGCUGUUGAUAUGACACAACAUUUGGCAAUGACAUUCAGCAAAGUCCUUCAAAGUGAUGCUUAUGAAGAAGUUGAGGACAAAACUGUAAUGGCAAUGGGCAUCCUAAACACGAUAGACACCAUUUUGACUGUAGUGGAAGAUCACAAGGAGAUUACACAGCAGCUCGAGGGGAUCUGUUUGCAGGUCAUUGGACUAGUACUUCAGAAACAUGUAAUAGAAUUCUAUGAAGAGGUGUUGUCUCUAGCAUACAGUUUAACGUGCCAAGUAAUCUCUCCUAAUAUGUGGCAACUUCUAGGUGUUCUUUAUGAAGUUCUUCAGCAAGACUGCUUUGAGUACUUUACAGACAUGAUGCCUCUCUUGCAUAAUUAUGUUACUGUAGACACAGAUGCUUUUCUGUUUAAUCCUAAAAAUGUAGAGAUCAUAUAUAACUUGUGUAAAAAGGUCCUGACAGGGGAUGCAGGAGAAGAUGCAGAGUGCCAUGCUGCAAAGCUGCUUGAAGUGAUCAUCCUUCAGUGUCAGGGAAAAGGCAUUGAUCAGUGUAUUCCCUUGUUCGUUGAAGCAGUCCUGGAACGAUUAACGCGUGGAGUUAAAACAAGCGAACUUCGGACUAUGUGUCUCCAGGUGGCCAUUGCAGCACUUUAUUACAGCCCCAUGCUGCUUGUGAAUACCUUGGAAAACAUUCGCUUUUCGCACAGUGCAGAGCCAAUCACAGCACAGUUUAUUAAUCAGUGGAUGAAUGACACAGAUUGUUUUCUUGGGCUUCAUGAUCGGAAAGUCUGUAUUAUUGGUCUAAGCACGCUAAUGGAAAUGCAAAACCGACCUGAAGCAGUGGACGCUGUGGCUGCUCAAAUUCUGCCCUCAUUACUACUCCUAUUUCUUGGCCUCAAGCGAGCCUAUGCAAGCAAAGUUACCAAUGAGCAGAACGAGAAUGGUGAAGAGGAAAAUGAGGAUGCUGAAGAAAAUGAAGAGAUUCCGAGUGAUGAAGAUGACAUUCACGAGGCAGGUCAGCAAUACCUGGAUAUGCUGGAGCAACAGGCAGAGGAAGAUGAUGAUGACGAUGAUGAUGAAUGGGAUGAAGAUGGGUUAGAAGAAACUGCUCUGGAAGGUUUCUCGACACCUUUAGAUGAAGAUAGCAAUGUUGAUGAAUAUCAGAUUUUUACAUCUGCUCUAUUAAGAAUACAAAGUGUGGAUGCUGCCUGGUACCAAACUCUCACUGCCCCUUUGAGUGAGGACCAGAAGAAACAGUUGCAGGAGAUCUUCACACUGACGGAACAGAGGAAAAAUGCAGCAGAAUCCAAGAAAAUUGAAGGACAAGGUGGCUACAAGUUUGACAUGACUACACCAGUCCCAACAAUGUUCAGUUUUGGAGCAACUCCAGGGGGCAACUGAACAUGGCAUUUUCUUAAAAUUCAGGGCAUCAUGGAGAAAGAUCUUUCAUCCAUCAUUAUGGAAGCUGUUGAGAGACCUUUGGGAUUCGAGUCGAACUCUUCCAGCGCUGGAUCUCCACUUGAUUAUCAUUUGAGAGUUUUGUCAGUUUCUUUACUUUUCUCUCAAACUGAGUGAAAAUCAUCUGCCCUCCCCCCUUUGCAGGCAGUAUGGAGAAAGGUUUGGUUGGCCACCACCUCUCAGGUUCCCAAUACACAAGCAUUUGACGGGUUAAUACAGAUACAUAGUGCCUUCUGUCGCACGUCGAUUGCCUCAGAUUUUAGGUUGGAAAGAAGUAGCAUGAUUUUAAAGAAAAGUAACCAUUUUUUAAAAUAUUUACCAGAGAUUUAAAACAAAAUCUGUUUAUUCCAGCUCUGCUAUUUUUAAAUUUCUGUGUGGUAACUAUUUUAACAUUUAAAAUAUUUAUCCUUCGUAUAAACCUCUAGGUUUCUGUGGUUUAUGAUGGCAGUGGUAGCCUAAAAUUAAAGAAAUUACAACUUCAUAAAAGUGGAAAUUCACAACUCAGACUUGGAUGACACUAACAAUUCCUUUUAUCUGAAAGGGGAGGCAGAUUUUAGUCACUGUGCACAGUGGAAAAUUAUCAAUUUUCUGGCAGUAUGUUUAACUAUUGAAUAAAAUUCAGGAGAACUUUAGAUUUUAGGAUGCAAAUUAUUUUCUUGUUUAUGUUAUAUAAAGUAUCAAAUGAAUGCCCAACCAGGUAAAACAGUUGUCACCACUGGUUACUGUACUUUUACAUCAGUUCUUUGAGAGAGCUUGUGAUCUUUCAUUCUCAGCUAUUAGAUGCCUCAAUAAAGCCUUUGGUUGAGCACAUAUUUGUCCAAAUGCAUUUUGUUUUGAAACUUAGUGACCAUUGAUAUGGUGCAUGUCAUUGUGAAGCUUCAAGUAAGCAAAGAGAAAGGAAACAUUAACUCUCUUUCUUCAACCAUAGACGCUGCCUGACCUGAUUCUUUCCAGAAUUUUUUGUUUUUAUUUUAAGAAUCUGAAGUCUGUUGUAUACAGUAUGAAGGAAAUUGCCAAUGGAAUAAUUACACAUGAAUUUGUGUAGUUAUGAUAGAUUAGUUCCAGAUCUUAAAGGUGAUGGAAUAAUUUCAAAAUAAAUUUUCUUCCAACAUUUUAGAAAGUAAUCAACAAAUGGUUAAACUCAAACUCCAGUAAAUCCGAUUUCUCAAGAUCAGAAGUAUUCAACAAAGGUGAAAAUCAAGGAAGUAUGUGAUGAGAAGUCAGAAUACAAUGGGCUGUCACAUAUAGUGGUUUCAUACGUAUGCUGAUCCUGAAAAUAAUUACCCCAUUAAAGUAUUCAUGAAAGUAUCCAAGCUGAAACCUUGUACUUUGUGGGUUAUUCAAUUUAGUUAAGACAAAUCAGACUUGAUGCAGUGAAGCAAAUUUGCUUUACUUUGCCUGUUGACAUUAAUAUCCACCUUGAGCUAAGCAUCAUUUAGAAAGUAUUAAAUCACAAAUCUUCAGAGUUAUUGAUGCAGCAUUUUUGUCUUUCAAAUUAUUCAAAGCCUGGGUUGAUUUACAUUGUCUCCCAUUAAACUCAAACAAUGUAUUAUGGAAUGCUGCCAUAUAUGUUUUCCUUCCAUUUUAUGUCUUUUAUAAUGAAACAGCAAUUUCUGUUGUACUUGUACAGUGCUUAUUUGUAUUUCUACUUCCUGGUUUCUUGAAAUUUCACCAAAGUUUUAAGAAAAGUUCAUCUUGGUUUCUGGUUAAGUGUGUGUCGGGUGAUCUGUGGUUGGCACUACGAAUGGGUCUAGAGAUCAUUUUGGUUUUGCUUCUGGAUUUAGAGAAGGGGUGAAUUGGCAGGCAAGUGAAAAAGAGCAUCUUACAGGGGAAAAAUGGGACUGGUUGGAUAGUUCUGAGACCAUAAACUUGAUGGGCUUAAUGGCCUCUUUCUGCUUCAUAGGAAAAUAUGAAAAUAAAGAGAAUUGAGGAUUGAAGAGAAAAUAGCCUUGUUGAUCUGUGCUAACAGAGAUCAAUUGACAGUAUAAAAGAAAAGCAAAAUAGAAGGGACUAGGUAGAGUGAAAUUAUAGGUAAUGUUCCUGAAAUUGAAUUGAACAUAACUAAACAUGAAACAUGUAAUUAUCAGAGAUGGAUAAUAAAUUAUCACAGCUGCUCAUUUUCUUCUUAUGUAAUUAAUACACUCCUGUGAGACUUUCAUUGACUGAUGCACUUCCUUAAAUGUUCAAAAUGUUGGCUCCCAAAGACUUCUGUAUGAGGUGUGUAUGUAGUUGUCAAUGGCCAAAAGUGCUUAUCGAGAAUUCACUAUUCUUGAUUUGUAUUACUGACCUGUCAUGACCUGUCACAUUAUUUAAGUGAAUGGCCUAACAGUGGAUUACUCAGUAGCAGCUAUUAAAGAAACCAAUUUUGAAUGUCAAAACAUAA